AUGCACCGCGUGCCCGUUUACUGCCAGCCUCGCGACUACGCCGUCUUCCGCCCGCCCGCCGGCCAGACCUGCGACCCCCAUGCCACCGACCGCUGCGCCUAUUGUGAAUACUCCGUGGCGGAUGACUAUACGGUCACGCUGGACUUCGCCUACAGCGACCGCUGGUGGAACUGGGCCGUCUUUCUGGCCUUCUGUCUCACGAAUUAUGUGUUGGUGUUUGCCGGCACUGGGAUCCUGCGCGUGAAGUUGCGGCAGUGGAAAGCCCGGGCUCGUGGAAGGAGAAAGACAGCGCUGGGUGGUUAG